UUCUACGCUAACGAGAGCACUUUGUCCAACGCAUCCUUGGUGGCUUCACCAAGAGUUCAGCCCAGUACGCUUUUUGUGGCUUACUUGUAUAUGGCCUUAGCCAUAUUUAGUUAUAUGAGUAACAGUUUUAUCGUUCUGGUUUAUGCCCGGUCGCCGCAACUCCGAACUCCAUUCAACAGCUAUCUUUUAACUUUAUCUUUAUUGGAUCUCAUUAAGUCGAGCACCAGCAGCGUUAACAAUAUCAGCAACUAUCUAAGAUUCCGCUGGGUUUUCGGCGAAUUUAUGUGCCUGCUCAAUUUAUACUGCGCACAAAUAACAAGCGCUUGCAUUGUUACCAUACACGUGCUAAUCAGCCUUAACCGUCUGUGGGCCGUGACCUUUCCGUUUUCCUACCGAACGCGGCACACGCGUAAACUAGCCGCUGGUUUAAUUAUCGCGGUGGUCGUUGUCCUUAACGCGCUAUCCCUCCCGGUUUUCCUCGAUCACGACUGCCGCUCCCGUACUCCCGGACUUGCACAUCUUUGCAUUUAUAACUUAGGCUACGAUACACUAUAUCGUGGCCUGUAUGGCUAUCUGACUCAUCUGAUCCCUCAAAUGCUUGUCACAAUCAUCUAUCCCAUCGUCUUUUGGAAAGUGAAGAUUUUACGAAAAACACGGGAUGAUAUGGUUAUGCAACCCAUCCAAAAGGCCGAACAGUAUAACUCGCAUUCCGUAACACGGGCCGUGGAUAUCACUGUUGUGGCAGAUAAUUCUAAAAAACAACCACAUAUUCCCGAAGGAAGCGGGUGGCAAAAAAGAAAUCGCCAUUUUACGGUUCUGACCAUCCUUUUUAUCAAUUCGCUUCUCUUCUGGACUCCGGGGCAUGUCAUUUAUUCCUUCAUGAUGACCGCAAGCUUUUUGGAUGUGAGGACGCUGGCUAUUGUCAAUUAUCUGUUCUCACUGGACUGCACAAUGAAUCCGUUUUUGUGUAUGUUGGCUUCUAAGCCGUGGCGGUGUGAAGCCGUUAACUCGGUCGGUCAAAUUCGCCAUUUGUACUCCUAAAACAACCCUCAAGAAAGUAGACAAGCUUCUAGGACGGUGGCUGAAACUUAAACGGACGGACGGUGGUGGACUAAUUACCUUUAGGAAAAAGACGCAGUAAACACUGGAUUGCUAGGUACGUACACUGCACUUUUUUCUUUAUGAAAAAAUGGGAAAACAAUUUUAGAGCUUAUUCAGCCGAAUUUAGCAGAAGUUCACAGAACGCCUCGCAGGAGCGUCAAAGGAGCGUAGUACGCUCCUUUGAUACGUGACAAUAAUAAUAAUAAUUGUGAAGUACGUACAACAAUACGAGUUGAUACAAGUUGUUACAGUAAU